CUCAGAGGUGCUUUGAGCGUGCCUCCAUCUGUGUGACUGCGGCAAGAGGAUGAUGAAGGUCCAUUGCGUAGUCCUCCUGCUCAUCUCCACAGCUGGGCUGGCCCUGUGCUACGAGGACGAGACUCGCCUGGUGGAGGACUUGUUCAGUAACUACAACAAGGUGGUGAGGCCCGUGGAGGACCAUCAGGACGCCGUCGUUGUCACCGUGGGGCUGCAGCUCAUCCAGCUCAUUAGUGUGGAUGAAGUAAAUCAGAUUGUGACAACCAAUGUACGCCUGAAACAGCAAUGGACAGAUGUCAACCUGAAAUGGAAUCCAGACGACUACGGUGGCGUCAAAAAAAUCCGCAUCCCCUCAGACGAUAUCUGGCGGCCAGACCUUGUUCUUUACAACAAUGCAGACGGUGAUUUUGCCAUUGUAAAAUACACCAAAGUCCUUCUGGAGCACACAGGUCUGAUCACCUGGACACCACCAGCUAUUUUUAAGAGUUACUGUGAAAUUAUAGUUACCCACUUCCCAUUUGACCAGCAGAACUGCAGUAUGAAGUUGGGAACAUGGACAUAUGAUGGUACAAUGGUUGUUAUUAACCCGGAGAGUGAUCGUCCAGAUCUGAGCAACUUCAUGGAGAGCGGGGAGUGGGUGAUGAAGGAUUACCGUGGCUGGAAGCACUGGGUUUACUAUGCUUGCUGCCCUGACACCCCUUACCUGGACAUCACCUACCACUUCCUCAUGCAACGCCUGCCUCUCUACUUCAUUGUGAACGUCAUCAUCCCCUGCCUGCUCUUCUCCUUUUUAACAGGGUUAGUUUUUUACCUACCCACAGAUUCAGGUGAGAAAAUGACUCUCAGCAUCUCUGUCCUGCUGUCUUUGACUGUGUUCCUGCUGGUCAUCGUGGAGCUGAUUCCCUCCACGUCCAGCGCAGUGCCUCUGAUCGGCAAGUACAUGCUGUUCACCAUGGUGUUCGUCAUCGCCUCCAUCAUCAUCACCGUCAUCGUCAUCAACACCCACCACCGCUCCCCCAGCACGCACACCAUGCCCCCCUGGGUCAGGAAGAUCUUUAUUGACACAAUCCCAAACGUCAUGUUUUUCUCUACAAUGAAACGACCAUCGAGAGACAAACAAGACAAAAACAUUUUUGCAGAAGACAUUGAUAUUUCUGACAUUUCUGGGAAGUCAGGUUCUGUGCCUGUCAACUUCUACUCCCCACUUACCAAAAAUCCAGAUGUGAAAAACGCUAUAGAGGGAAUCAAAUACAUUGCGGAAACGAUGAAAUCGGACCAAGAAGCCAGUAAUGCUUCAGAAGAAUGGAAGUUUGUUGCAAUGGUGCUUGAUCAUCUCCUCCUUGGCAUAUUUAUGCUAGUUUGUUUUAUAGGAACAUUAGCUGUAUUUGCUGGUCGCCUUAUUGAACUUAAUCAGCAAGGAUGAAUGUCAGCUGGAAACUAUUUGCUACCCUGAACAUCUGAAAGCAUCAUAACCAUCAAAAUCUGGCCAGCCUCUAAAAGGUUCACUGACAGGAAUCAGUAACUGCUGGGAAAAAGCAGGGAUAAUAAAAUGUAAGGCUCCAUACUUAGCACUUCUGAGCUGCUGCUCAGUAGCAUUUAAUUGCCAAAAAGAAACAUUUGCAUUACUGGUAAACUUGAAUGGCUGUCAGCCAGGUUUUGAUCCAUUUUACCCUUUAUUAAAAAUGUUAAUGUAUUAAUAAGACUGUCUGACUUUGUAAGCAACAGAUACAAUUCCAGUGAAGUCAAUAGCAGUGUAAUAAGCUUUAGCUGAGCUGUAAAUCUGUAUUCACCUUUAGCAUUCAAGCUGGUUUUAAUAUCUGCUCUGUGGCUUUUGUAUUAGGAGGGUCACUCCUCUGAUAACACUAGAUCUAAUCCUCCAAAUAUCUCAAACUCCAUGCUUAAGCACUUGAUUUUCAUGCACAAAUUUGAACUGACUGACUGUCACGCGUGACUCUGCCCAUAGAAGCUCUUGCUGCAGCAAAGAGGAGAGACUUGUUCUUUACUGGGGGCAGGGUCCAGCCGAUUCCUAGGAUAAUCUCCACAUUCAGCCUGAUCUGGUCUUAGAAGGUUGAUUUCCACUCUGCGUUUGGAGUGAUGACUAAUGUGGGGGCACCUUCAAACUUGGGGGUGUUUAUUUAAGCACGAUUCUCUCUGUUUCCCGAAACCUGUCCCCUGGCCCGCUGAGCAGCCCAUGAGCAGCAGUGUGCCCCAGCGCAUCGCCGGGGAACGCAGGGCCCUCAGCUGUGCGGCGCCAGGAGCUGCCAGAGCUUUGCUCAAAAGUUGAGCAGCAGCUCUCUCUGGUGGCUAAAGCAAAGCAAUUCUGCCUCUGGCCAAACACCGCCGGACUUGGGUUACUCCAGAUUCGACGUAAGCAAGAAGCCUCUCUGCGUUUCCAUAAUGCGGUGUGGCAAUAGCAGCAGUGCUGCCUCUUCUCAAAAAUAAAUAAGGAUAGGUGGGGCAACAGCGACAAGUUACUCAUCUUUUCCAGCUGCUCGUCCAAGCCAAGAGCACUGCUUUGCUAACAGCUGUAAACAAUUUGCCAUGAGUUUAGUAAAAUAAUUCGUAUUAUGUUAAUGCUCCACAGAAAUGUGUCAUGCCUGCAGAGGACAGGCAUUUGAAGCACUAUAGGGAAAAUGAGGCGAGUAACACUCCCAGCAUUGCGUAGUGUUUGCUGGACAAUGUUUUGGUGAGCUGCAGUCCUAAGCAGUUUGUCUGGGGUAAUCGAUCACUUGUAGCACUGUGCUCCGCUCUUACGGUUUAAAGGAUGGUAAUCUUUGCCUCCCUGGAUGAUCAUUAACCCUGAAGUGAAGGCCAAAGAUAUAUUGCUGGGCGACACCUCUGCUGACAGAGUGUUCAGUGCAGCUGGGUUUGUCUCUAGCAGGAGUUCCCAGCUCCCAGCCCUUGGGGAAAAUCAGCAGCUCCCUGCUCACGAUGAGCUAGUCUGCAGCAUAAUGGUGCCUGGAACUUAAUUUGAGAGCCUGGGAUUGGCACUAAAACUGACAGAACAAUCCUCUUAGAGCAGCACGUGGUUGAAUCUUAGCAUUAAAAAUAAACAUCAAGUAACAAGAUUCAUGUUGAGGAUCCACAGUAUCUUUGUUCAGCUUCCCCAAGGCAGAUCUGAGUCUUGAGGCCUUCAAAUUCCCCCCAUUUGUGUGUCAGAGUGAGUGUGUGCACGUGUUUGCCUGCCUGCCUGCCUGCUUCUUCAGCUCUCUUUAUAGAUUGCUAGGUACCAGUGCUUUCCUUCUACUUCCUCAGAUAAAGGUUUGAAACUAUUUAUUAAAAAAUUUUCAUUUGUGAUGGUUUGACCUGUCUUACAGGCACAGCAAAU